AUGGGAUCCGAAUCGACUCGAUCGGAUCGUAUUGAGUUCGGACACAUAUUUUGGUCGGAUGCGUGAGAUAUUUACCUUCCUCGUCUCGUCUUUCUUUUCGAUGUUACCAAGGCGACGCUUUCUGCUCCGAUCCUGCCCUAGAUAAUAAAACCACCUCCAGUUUCGCCGUCUCUUUUCUUUUCGGAUUGAAGCCGUCGGCGUCAAUUUCGCCAGGUUGUAUUUGUGUUAUCAUGGGCUUGUUGGUGGAAGAUUUUCCAAAAGAAUUGCUUGUCGAUAUUGUUAAGAGAAUAGAAAGAACUGCCGACAGAAAUUCAAUUUCUCUAGUAUGCAAGCGUCUAUAUGAAAUUGAUCGAGAACAAAGGGAUUUCUUAAAGGUCGGAUCGGGAUUACACCCUGCAACAGAAGCACUAACUGCCCUCUGCUUGCGCUUUGCUAAUAUAAAGAAACUAGAAAUUACCUACUUUGGCUGGAUGUCUAACUCGGGCAAACAAUUAGAUAACCAGGGCCUUUUUGUGCUGUGUUCCAAUUGCCCUUUGCUUACAGAACUCACUUUAAGUUUUUGUUCAUUUAUUAAUGAUAGUGGCCUUGCAUACCUAUCCUCUUGCCCAAAGCUUAGAUCCCUCAAGCUAAAUUUUGCUCAAUCAAUCAGUUCUAAUGGUAUUCUCUCACUUGUUGUUGGUUGUAAGAAUCUUUCUGCUCUUCAUCUCAUUCGCUGCAUGAGAGUGACCAGUGUUGAGUGGCUUGCUUAUCUUGGUCAGUUUGGAAAGCUUCAGGAUCUUUCAAUAAAAUAUUGCAAGGGUAUUAGUGAGGACGAUAUGAUAAAACUUGGUCCUGGAUGGAAUAAUCUUAGGCAAUUCGAGUUCGAGAUGGAUGCAUAUUACAGGCACCCAAAAGUUUAUGAUAAUUCAUUGAUAGAAAAAUGGGCAAAUCAUCUGAGCUGUGAAAACUUGCGAGAGCUUAUCUUGGUGAAUUGCAUUUUGCCUCGAAGCAGAGGGCUUUGUUGUUUGCUAUGGAGAUGUGAAGCACUCAUUAGGCUUAACUUGGAUAUGUGCAUUGGGGUCAAGGACAGUGAUAUGAUUGCAUUAUCUCAGAAGUCAAGGAACCUAAGAAGUAUCUCAAUUCGUAUCCCUUCACGGUAUUUCGUGUCUAGUUACCAAACCAGUUCACUGAGAUUGUCUGAUGAGUCAUUGACAGCACUGAGUAUUGGAUGUCUGAUGUUAGAAGUGUUCGAACUAUCCUUUUCUGACGGAGAAUUCCCAUCCUUAUCUUGCUUGACACAGAGUGGUAUCCUUACAUUAAUCCAAAGUUGUCCAAUCCGAAUUUUAGUACUCGACUCUACUUGCUUCUUUAAUGACAUUGGGAUGGAAGCCCUUUCUACUGCCCCCUACUUGCAGACACUGAAGCUAGUUAAAUGCCAAGAAGUUACAGAUGAGGGAAUGCAACUUAUUGCAUGCUUUCCUUGCUUAACUACUCUUUCACUCUGCAAAUGUUUAGGCAUUACGGAUGAUGGAUUUAAGCUGCUAAUUGGGUUACACAAGUUGGAUCUUCUGAUGGUAGAGGACUGCCCUCAGAUUUCUGAGGAUGGUGUACAAAGGGCUGCCAGGGUUGUUUCUUACAAGCAGGAUUUGUCUUGGCUUUACUAAGUUAUUUCCAUCAGCAUUAUGUUCUUCUGUAUAGCUAUUCAAUUGUUUGCCUUCCACCUUCCAGAUGUACACUGGCAUAGCUUGUGGCUUUCCAUAAACAAUAAACAUAUUCUUAUCAUAAAGGGUUCAAAUAGCAUAAGGAUAUGUUUAUUUCAGGGAGAAGUAAGUAAAUCAAGACGAUGUGAAGACUGCAAGAAUUUUCUUGUCCUAUUUCAGGAGUGGAUCCAUUGGAGCUACUAUUCCAAGGUUUGAGGUGUAUAUGUGAUUGAUGACGAAGCGUUUUUAAGAUUGUCAGAGUAAGAGAUAACAAAGUGAAAAAGCAAAAUAGCAGAAGGGAGGCGAUCUUGGAAGCAUCCAAUCAAGGUGAGGCCACUAGAAUUGUAUUCCAUAGUCCUUAUACUUUGUCCUCUCUUAUAAAUCAUAGUUUGGUUUGCUUAAGUAGAUAGACAUCGCUUACGUUUGUUUUAGCACAAUUUGAACAGUUUAAUGGAAAGAAGAGCAUAUUUUGAUAUUCUUGGUAAGAAGAGACAUGGAUCAAAUAUUUUCAUGCAAGAGACUAAGGAGCAUGGUUUGAGACUUAUGCUGCAACAUGUGAAGAAAAGGGAUGGGUAUGGGAUGACAAGAGUAAACAGAGUUUGCAUUAAUCGCCAUGACUUCUUCCACUUUCUUGUCCACCUUAUUCUUAUUCUCCAAUGUGGUUGACCUUGUAUCACAAAAAGGCUUCCAAACUGAGGAUUAGGAUUCAAAUUUGCAUCCAAUUUGUUAACCAAUUAGGCAUUAAAGUAGGGGAUUCAUGCAUGAAUUGUGAUUAUUCAUGCAUGAAGAGUGUAUUCUAAAUAUGUGUAUUUUAUCUAUUUAUAUUCAUAUCUAAAAAAAUUAAAGUAUUUAA